GAAUGAAUCUGAACACAGUUUCAAUAAGCUGCUGAGCGAGUUCGACACACGGUUUGAAGAGACAACAUAACAGAGCAUCUUCUUCACACGAUAUUUGAGAUACAGCCUUGAAAAUGGGACGCAGAAAGUCAAAAAGAAAGCCACCCCCAAAGAAAAAAAUGACGGGUAACUUGGACACCCAGUUCACAUGCCCGUUUUGUAACCACGAAAAAUCCUGCGAUGUUAAAAUGGAACGAACUCGCAACACAGGAAUUAUAUCAUGCAGUGUGUGUUUGGAGGAGUUCCAGACUCCUAUAACAUAUCUGUCAGAGCCUGUCGACGUUUACAGUGAUUGGAUCGAUGCCUGUGAAGCAGCCAAUCAGUAGCCACGUCUUCCUUGAGUCAUCUUUUCACCGUUUGCCACCUCUGUGAUUGAUUGGGUCGAGUGGCUCCUGUUUUGACAAAAAUGUCCCAGCCUGCCUACCUCUUUAUUAAAAAAAAAAAAAAAAAAUCAAGUCUUUUUGUGGACAAUCUACUUGUCCUUCUCUGUGCAUAACAUUCUUCAUUCCUUGUCCAACAUCUUUGUUGUUAAAGUUAUGUAGUGCACAUCACAUUCCUCACUUUUGUGGAACCCUUAGUCCUUCCACAUUUCUGUUCUUUCUGAACUGCUAGUUGUUAAUGGUUUGUGGUCCAGUAAAAUUUUCACUUUGGUUAUUUUUGUUUUUUCUGGUCCAACCAUUUUUAUGUUGUAGUUAACAUCUUAGAGUAUAGUUGUAUUUUUGAGAUUACAGUAACGAGAAAGUGAAACCAGAACCUUUGUUUUUCAUGUGUUUUAUUGCACAAAUGUCAUAAUCAGUGAAAUGCUUAUAGAAAAAAGUUAGCAAGAUGUAAGCCAACACAGCGAAACAUCAUUGUACAUCAUUGAAACUCAGUGUUACUUCAUUCAGAAUAUUGAAGGGCAGUAAUUGUAACAUAUGGAAAUUAAUGCAAUGUAAUAAAAAAAAUGGAAUUUCAAUAAAAGGAAUGUGUUCAGUCA